ACACGUCAGUUACAAACAAGGGAGACCUUGAGUUCAGGAGGACUUUUGAAACGUUCUUAAACUCAGAUGCAACAGAGGAACUAGGACAGGGAAUAUAUGUUGAGAUUUUAAGGAUGACUGGCAACACCAGAGGAAACUUCCAAGUUGGUCUGACUCUUAAAGGAUGCCCUCCACUUUAAGCCUAGCUGUCUUCCUUGUCUGGGCCACGUCCAGCACACACACCACUGGUCAGGCCUGCCUAUGUUCGGCCCCACUGCCUGCUGGUCGGCAGGUCAACUGCAGCUUUUUAAACCUGAUGGAGCUGCCUCACCUGCCCCCAGACAUCACAGAGCUCCAUGUGCAGGACAACCAGCUCACCUCAGUGUCUCCAGGUCUGUUUGACAAACUGGUCAGACUGAAAAAGGUCUCUCUAUCUGGGAACCCCUUCCACUGUGACUGCAGGAUCCAGUACCUGAGGAACUGGUUGCUGGGGAACAAGGCUAUUGUGCCCAAGGAGCCCACCUGUGCCAGUCCGAGCUCUGUAGCUCACAAAGCCAUCACUGAACUCAGCAAUGACUUCUUUUCUUCCUGUGCAGCACCGAGCUGUACCAAUGGGACGUUUGACGUCAUAAUGGCAGUGAUGCUGUGCUGCCUCGUUGUUCUGCUUCUGUUGAGCUUGAGAUUAGCCAGAACCUCCACCUUUAUCCUGUACAUAGACGAGAGACAUUCAGGAUUCGAGGCCGACUCUUUGUGCUCGCUGAAGCCCAAACACAGGAAGAGGCUGCUCACCACAGAUUCAGACUUCAGCACCACUUCCCUCCCUUGUACAGAGGAUCUAGAAAAGCCUCUUCUCAACAUGGAGUUACUGCCACAAGUGCUGGAUGUGUUGCACAAGAAGCACAAUAUAAAUAUAAAGGCGACCUGAGGGACCUACUACAGUGGAAUUAGAAAGACUACAAGUGGCAAAAAGGGCAGUAACACGGCCAAGGAUUUCUUUGUUUUUGUUGUUGUUGUUUUUCUAACCACUGUAGCCACAUCUCCUGAGAUGUCUUCUGGGUAACUGCCAUUUUUUCCUACAAUGCAACCUAUUGUUUUCUGGGAAACACAUCAGAUGAUACACAAUCCAACUGAAAAGUGUCUUACAUCUGUGAUAACAUGCUAUAUUUCAGCAUUUUGGGUUUCAGCUCAAGAAAUGUGUUCACUACUGACACAGUAACAUUACAAAAUAUAAGAAUAUUGAGGAUAAUUUUGGAUACUAAUUGUACAGGAAAUGACUGCAACCUAACUGGAAAUGUCCAGAUACUCUGUGCAUGCUGUGUAUUUGUCUCACAACUGGUGUGGCUGUCUCCGAGAGACAGUUUGCAUGUACUCUGGGAGUGUCCAGUGAUUAGACUUUUCCUGGCAGAGUUUCAGAAAGAAGUAAAAACACCCACACGAUUGGUCAUGAUGUGAAAGUUAUUUUAGUCCCCCUAUUAAUCGUAGCCCUUCAAUUGAAACAUACUGCAGAUUGGUUACUCAGGAUGUGUCUUCCUUGUUAAAAAACAAGCAACAUUGUAAUCCCUACAGUAAUCUUACAACAGAUGAAAUUACUGCUUUAAAAGAUCUACAAGCCGACACUUCUAUUAUAAUCAAACCAGCAGAUAAAGGAGGAGCUACUGUUGUUUUGAAUAAGUCUGACUAUGUUGAAGAGUGUUUAAGACAACUUUCUGAUGACACUUUCUACAAGACACUGUCUAGCGAUCCCACACAAUUAUUCAAGGAAUCUGUUUACAACACUCUGGACCAUUUUUUUCAAGUGGGUGAAAUAACCAAAAAAGAACUUGAUUUCCUAAAAAUUGAACAUCCUAUAAUCCCCACUUUCUACACUCUACCUAAGGUCCACAAGAGUUUGAAAAAAACCCCUGGCCGCCCGAUUGUGUCUGGAAUUGGAUCGCUGACGUCAUCCAUCUCACAAUAUGUUGACUUUCACAUCAGACCUCUAGCUGAACAGGCUCCCUCUUACAUCAAAGACACUCAUCACAUGUUAUCUAUUGUUGAUUCUCUAAACCCUCUUCCUGAGGAUGAACUGAUUCUUGCUACUUUUGACGUGUCCUCCCUCUACACCUCUAUCCCUCAUGAUGGAGGCGUUAUGGCCAUGGAACAUUUUCUGUCUAAAAGGGACUGCAGCUCUAUUCCUUCAUUAACUUAUUUAAUUCUCACAUGUAAUUGUUUCAUUUGUCAAGACUCCUGGUUCCUCCAAAACAGAGGUGUAGCUAUGGGAA